GAAUUUGGGACGCAGCCCGUGCUAUAAGCGUUAUCUCACGUGCCUGUUGAGGACAACAGUUUUACAUUGUAGAGUUGUGUGAACGUGUUUAUUUAAGACGCAAAACGUGUAAAGUGUGUCUAAUGCUGGUGUUUAGAAGCGUCUUAAGCAAUUAAAUAGUUUAACUUGGACAUGAAUAGUUUAGAUAGCGUGUAGAGUCGUUGUUGCUACUGUAGUUGUUUAGCUAGCUGUUAGCUAGUGAGUUAGCGGAGAGAGAUGAAGAGAGGGAGGAGGAGCAGACGUCAUCAUCAUCAUCAUCAUCUUCCUCAGCGUGAUGGGUCUCCAGCAGACAGAGCCGAAUCAUCAGACAGAAGUUCAGGAUCAGAAUCAGCUUCAUCCUCCACAUCCAGUGCUCCUGCUCCAGAGUUGCCAGGUUUUUAUUUUGACCCUGAGAAGAACCGUUACUUCCGUCUGUUGCCCGGCCACAAUAACUGUAACCCUCUGACGAGGGAACAGCUGGAGAUGAAGGAGCGUGAGAGGAGGAGGACCGAGCUGCUGGCUGAGGACGAGUGUGUGAGGAAGAAAGCUCCACGCAUCGGACUGAACUCCACGCUGCUGCUGCAGAGGAGACGCCUGGGAGAGCUGCGUCCGAGGUCCUACUGCAGGCUGCUUCAUGAGGUGAAGGUGAGCGCGAUGAAACGGCACAAGCUGGAGAUCCAGAGCGCCGACUCCAGCAGCCCGAACACGGAUAACUUCCGCCUCAUCGUGGCGGACUCGGCGUGCGAGCGCGUCUUCACAGUGAACGACGUGUCGCACGGCGGCUGCAAGUACGGCAUCAUGAACUUCAGCGGCCGCAGGAACGGCUCUCUGUCUGUGGAGAUGUGCGACAACCUGUACUUCACUAACCGCAAGGUGAACUCCGUGUGCUGGGCGUCCGUCACUCACUCAGACUCUCACGUCCUAUUGUGCUUGGUGGGAAUAUCUCAGACCCCGGGGUGUGUCAGUUUACUGCCCGCGUCUCUCUUCAGCAACUCCAACCCCGACCAGCCUGGGAUGCUGUGCAGUUUUAAGAUCUCUACAGCAUGGUCGUGUGCGUGGUGCCUGAACCCGCAGGCCGAUAAAACUUUCAGUACCGGUCUUUCCCGGAGCGUCAUCGUGACCGAUGCGGUGACGGGCCGGCGGCAGACCUACAGCACAGGAAGUGACGUUCUGGCCCAGCAGUUUGCUCUCAGAGCGCCCGUCCUGUUUAACGGCUGCCGUUCGGGCGAGAUCUUCAGCAUCGACCUGAGGCAGCGAGGCCGCGGACGGGACCACAGCUGGAAGUCGUCCCGCUUCCACCAGGACUCGGCGGUCACCUCUGUACGCCUCCUGCAGGACGAGAACUACCUGGUCGCCUCGGAUAUGCUCGGAAAGAUUAAGCUGUGGGACGUCCGCGCGAGACGGGCAGUGCAGCAGUAUGAAGGGCACCACAACGAGUACGCCUACCUGCCUCUUCACCUGUGUGAGCAAGAGGGGCUGCUGCUCGCAGUGGGUCAGGACUGCUACACCCGUCUGUGGAGUCUCCGAGACGGACAUCUCCUCAGGACCAUCCCUUCACCUCACCCUGCAGGAAAGGACUCCAUCCCCAACGUGGUGUUCUCCUCGCAGCUGGGGGGACGCAGAGGACUUCCCGGCCUCCUGAUGGCCGUCUGCCACGACCUCUAUUACUACCCUUACGGGGACUUUCAGGACGGGACGACAUCCAAGGCACGAGUCUGAGCCGACGCACUCCUGAAGUCUAGUGCGUCGUCUGGUGUAUUAAACUUCGUCUAGUGUCAUGUGACUUUCAGGUGCAUCAGAGCCGUGUGCAUUUUAAACCCAAACGAUGUAUGACUCAAGGAUCAGGAGAGAUCCUUCAGAAGAAGAAGAAAAAAAAAAUCACUACUACCGGUCAAAAGUUUGUACACCCCUUCUUCUAACUCCAUGGUCGUUCCUGAUUUUUAUUUAUUUCUACACUUAGAGCGAAACUAAAGGCGUUUAUCCAAAAUAAACAAUGAUCCCCUUUGAACAUGUGAUGUAUAGAUGUAUCUGCUACUUCUGCUCUGUAAAUCCUUCAUACCGGCUACCGGUGAUUUCUGGGGUAAGUUUUGGUCCUGCUCUCCUGGGAAGGUCUUCAUGAGAGACAGUUUCAUCAUGGUGCUGCAUCAGUUUUGCAAAAGCCUUUGACACAAUACCGUUCUUACAAGAACUGUUCCAGAACAUCUGACCUUCAUUGUCUUAAAUUAACAACCCACUGUACAGUAGUUGCUGUUUGUUGUUUAAUAAUUACUUAACGCCAUGUGUUGUUUCAUAGUUUUGAACAAAUCCAGGUAUUGUUCUAGAAUGUAGGAAAUAAAUCAAUUUUUGACUGGUACUGAAAACUGAAUGGAAUGAUUUUCUAGAGGAAUCCAAACACCAGGAACACGUGAAGGGGAAAAGAAAUUAUGUAGAAAAGAAAAUGACAUGCUUUCCACACAACUAUUAGCAAUAAACAAUGCAAAAAUAUA